AGUUGUUCGAUUUGAAUCAAACCGAAGCCGCUUUGGAAGGUUUUGUUUACAUAUUUUCAUUCUCUUGCUGCCGCAUAGAUUUAUUACAGAAUAAAGCAAAAAUGAGCGACUUAGCCAACGUGUAUCAGCUGUUCCGCAGUAAAUUCGAGGACAAUGAUUUCCAAUACUACUACCCACCGUCCUACAUCCGUUCGCUGACCGAGUGUGAUGAUAAGAUCAUAUUCGCCUUCCGCAAGGUGCAAAACCACAUCCUCUCCUCGGAGAUGGACGCGGUGCGGCCGAAGCAAUCGCCGAACAGCAACGGUUCGGCCAGCCUAGACCUGACCGGAUCACCGCUGCGGGACGUAAGCUUCGAGCAGUUUGAGGAGAUGAACCUUUCCAAGGAGUACCACGAGAGCAGUGUGCAGAACCUGUGGACGAUCGACGAGGAAACGUACGCACCGCUCAGCACGGAAAAGGCUCGCUCGCUGCUGCAGGCCUUCAUCAGCCUGGAGUGCCGCAUCGGGCGGGGCAGCAUCUGGGUGCUGUGCUGUGGUACGGACAGCGAGCAGAAGGUGCUGCUGCAGCUGGCGGUAAACGCAGCCUCGAACAAUCAGCGUCACUUUACGCGCGGAGUGGUGCGGUUCAGUGGCGUGAAGCCAUCGAACAGCAUUACGCUCGGUCAGCUGAUCGACAUCCACCUGCAGCGGGCCGGCGAGGGGAUGAAGUUUAGUCCCAAAAUUCAAAUCCAACAGUGGUGCAAGCUGCAUGCACAGAUUACGCUUCGCCUGAGCUGGAACGCGAUGGGCGAGGGGUCCACGUUUGCCAUCGAGCGGAAUGCGCGGGUCCGCUUGAGCCAAGAGUUCCCGGUGAACAAUGGUGCGUUUAGCCGGAGUUCACCGGCCGAGUACUUCUGGCAGCAGCUGCAACGGUUAGCGAUGAUGAGAGAGCGGAUAAUGGACAUCCGGGCCAACCGGGAGUCGGGCUACGCGCGGAACGAUGUCUGCGGCGAAGCCGAAAUGGAUCUCGAGUACAUUAAGCAAAAGGUGAACAAUAUUCUGUCGUCGUUUUUGGAAGUUGAACCGGUGACGUAUAAUUCUUCCACGAUCAUCGACAUGGUAUCGCUAGUGCAGAAACGCAAGCUUACCGACGUGAUGGAGCGACUUUACGAUGCAUUAACACUGUGUUCCAGCUAUGAAGAUUUGAAAGCCGCAAUCGAUUACAUCUUUCAUCUAUCCACUCAUUCCAAUAUUGUGAACGUACCCACCAAUGGUACCCGCUUUUCGCAGCUCAUACUUGCCAUGAUUCAGGACCGACUGGCCAUCCCGCUGCUGACCGGCUCGGAACCGUACGAACUGCUGCUGGAGUGCGGUUUCAGCAAGCUCAUGAACGACUACCGCACCAUCUUCACCGAGGCUGGCAUUUACGAGCUGGAGUUUGAGAAGCUCUUCCAACCGCAGGUAACCAACACCCGCAAAUCGCGGUACGCAACCGGCAACGGUCCACAGCUCGAUACGCACCACGGAGCUCCGAGCAAACGGAGCGCCACGCAGCUCUUUCAGUCGGCGGCGGGCGACGAGCGGGUACGCGAAAAGUCCAUCCUGCUGAGCAACUUCGACGAGGACGAGGUAAAGCUACGGCUUAACCGGUUGGCCCAGGUGCAUCUGCUGCUGGAGCAUUUGCUGCUGCUGGAAAGUGCCGUCAAUGUGCCAUCGAUUUAUGGGCGUGUGUGUGAGCUGUACCUGGGCAGGGCCCCGUACAGCUACGGCGAGGUGUACAACCGUCGGACCGAUCUGCUCGAGUUCGAGCUGGAUGAGUUUAUGUUGCUGCGCAAGGCCGAUCACGUGCUGCCCUGUGCCCGGCGCGUAACGAUGUCGUCCGCGAAUAUGCUGCAAAAGCUGGAGACGGUGUUUUACCAGAACGUGAAACCGAUCCUUCCCGGGCGGUUCUAUCCACAGUUUGAGUGUAAGGAGCUCGACAGUAGGCACGAGUUUUGGUGCUACGAGUACGAUCGUAUUGAGAGUUUGUGAAGGUGAACGUGGUAGGUUCAAUUUUUGAAUGGGAAUGGGAAUUUAUUUCAGUUUGUUUUGUGUGUGCCUUUUAGGGCGCGAAUAUCCAUACAUUGUAUUUGCUAUAGUACUGUAAUAAUUAUUAAAUAUGUUUUUAAAAUCAUUUCACGUUAUCUGGAUGCAGUUGGCAAACACGUUGCAUGUAAAAUGAAGCUAAAUGUAGUCAUCACGUUCGCAUCUCAUUGAUCCUUGAUGAAUUAAAAGCGACCUCAAGCGUACAAAAUCCGAUUCCGAAGAUACAACAAGAUCAAAAUACAUGCAAGAUAGAGUAACGGGUUAAGAGCAUGAAAGUCUUCGAAACAAUUCAUCGUUACAUUGAUAUUAUAGUAAUAGUAUUCUUAAAA